AGGAGUGGAAACUGCCGUAGCAAGUUCCCAAAACCUUAUUAAAAACAGAAGGAAAUCAUGCAUGCUAUGUUAUUUGCCAUGUAGUUGGUGUUGUGUGUUAUUGUUGAUGUUCACUUUCUCUCUCUUUUUUCUCUAUUCUUCUUUGGAAAGCUUCUCUUCUCCACCUUUCUGCACAACCCCAAAAGGCUCUACGUUUUUUUCCCUCUCUGCAAAUGGCAAUGCUGGUGCACAUUCAAUUGGUACGCUUUAAUGGAACAGACUAGAUUAUCUCUUAAAUGGGAUUUGAUGAAGAGAGAGAUCGUGUUUCUGUGCUGCUGAGUAGAGCUGGCUGUGUUUUCAAAUCGAGGUAGUCGUAAGUUUCCUGCUAUCAGCAAGAUGGAAGAAGGAAAGGCUGAACAAGAAGUCGAUGAGCUCGAGAUCCUAUUAAAGUUGAUACCAAAUGCCACUUCUGGAAGUUGGCAUCCUCAGAAUUCUAUACAGAAAUAUUCCUCAACGGAUUUUGAACGGAAUCAUUUGCAUGAAGAGACUAGAGAGUCCUUUCCUCCUCCUCCUGCUUUGUCCUUUGGCAAACAAGGCAAUUCAUUUGAAGGAACUUGUGAUGGGAAAAUUGAAACCUACGGAAGGUUAGAUGGUGACAGAUUAGGCCUAGAAGGCGGUCACCAGACACCCAUCAAGAUUAUGGACCAGGAGGAGUCUAACCUGCCCAGUGAGCAAUCCCUUUCAUCUUCAUUAGCAGAAUUGAGCUUCAAAGGGGAAGAAGAGGCAAUUAAAGCUGCCAAUUCUCAGAGGCUCGAUCACACCUUUUUACUGGAUGAUCAAUUUGCAAACUUGCUAAAAGACUCUCUCCCCCUUUCUCCACAAUCACAUAGUAUACUUACUAGAACAAAUACUGAGGACAUCCCACCAAACCGCUUUGAUCAAUUCAAUGUGGAAAUGAAUGGGAAACGCAAUGUGGACUUUCUGAAGUUUGAUGAUCAAGUGCAGGGGGAGAAAGCUGUUUCUUGCCAGCUGUUAGCUUAUCAAACAAAUCCUUCUCAGGUUCUUUUGACCGUUUCUUCUCCUGGAACCGAGGUUCCAGAUGUGCCCUGUUCGCAAAGUUACUUCUCAAGUCUGCAGUCUCCUGUUCUUGGAAUGCAAUCACAAGAAUUUACAGAGUCUCACAUUCCAUGGCUGCAUGCAGAGGAGGAGCGGUAUUCCAUAAUGCAUAAGAAAUAUCUGCACUGGCAUGAUCUCCAAAAUCAGCGAUCAGAAGCCCGAAAUCUGAUUCAGGCCAGUGAGAAUGCAUCAAAUGUGAUUAGAACUUGGAACAUUGAAAAAUCAUAUGUCAACAAUCCCAUUUCCUAUCAAUAUGAAAAUUUUAGUGAAGAAUCCUUUCACAGCGAUGGUGCAAUUCCCAGGAGAUUUGGUUGUUCAGGCUCCAAUUUAAUCAGCAGCAUUCUUUGUCGCUACUAUGCUCAGGGUUUCUGUGGAAGGGGUGAGAAUUGUCCAUUCACGCAUGGCCAGAGGAAGAAAUGUCCAAUCAGUUUUGCUAAUCCGCAACCUGCCCUUUCCCCAAAAGAUUUUAACGUUGUCCAAGGUUUUGGGAAAAUGGGGGAACAAUCUUAUCCUGAAAAGAUAUUAAUGAGGAAGAAUGGUCUAAAUUCAGUUAAAGAAAUCAACUUUAUCAGAGAAAGUGAAUUGUUUACAAAUUCGAGCUCUAAUGGAAGGAUGAUUUCAAAUGGCCAUUUCUACCACAAUGCUCAUAUCGUUGGCACUAGAUCAUCCCCAGUGGAUGGUAGGAAAUACUGGCCCCAGCCCCUUGAUACUAAAGACAGCAGGCAUGAUAAUCUGAGGUUGCAAACUCGGAAGUAUAAUUCAGUAGAUGAAGUUACUGGUAGAAUUUAUUUAAUGGCUAAGGAUCAAAGUGGUUGCCGUUUCUUGCAAAGGAAAAUGACAGAGGGCAAUGCUGAAGAUAUUGAGAAGAUCUUCCUUGAGAUUGUUGGACAUGUUGUUGAGCUUAUGACACAUCCUUUUGGCAAUUAUCUUGUUCAAAAGCUGCUUGAAGUGUGUAGCGAGGAUCAGAGGACACAAAUAGUCUUUGCGAUCACUGCAAAAGCCGGAGAUCUUCUUACAGUUUCAAUUAACAUGCAUGGGACUAGGUCUGUUCAAAAGGUGAUUGAAACCAUUAAAAGCCCAGAGCAAUUUUGGAUGGUUGUUGCAUCACUGAAGCCUGGUAUCGUGAAUUUGAUUAAAGAUUUGAAUGGUUAUCAUGUUGCAGAAUGCUGCUUGCAGUACUUGAUGCCUGGAUAUAUUGAGUUCCUUUUUGAAGCUGUGAGUGCUCACUGUGUUGAGCUUGCAACGGAUUGUCAUGGCUGCCGUGUACUUCAAAAAUGCCUUGGCCAUUCUGAUGGGGAACAUAGACGCCGUUUGCUAUCUGCAAUCAUUGCCAAUGCUCUUAUCCUGUCCCAAGAUCCAUUUGGGAAUUAUGUUGUGCAAUAUGUAUUUGAACUUGAGGGUUCAUGGGCAAGAACAGAAGUGCUCAACCAAUUGGAGGGUUACUAUAGGUACCUCUCCAUGCAGAAGUACAGCAGCAAUGUUGUUGAGAAGUGCCUGAAAUAUGCUGGGGAAGAGCAGUUUGCUCGUAUCAUUCAAGAAUUCAUGGAUCAUCCCCAAUUAGAUCAGAUGAUGCUGGACCCAUAUGCCAAUUAUGUCAUUCAAACCGCAUUAAACCACUCCAAGGGGGCACUUCAUGCUGCAUUAUUGGAGGCAAUAAGGCCCCAUAUUCCAGCACUCAGGACAAACCCAUAUGGGAAAAAGGUCUUAUCCAGCUGCGGGUUGAAGAAAUAAGCCAUGCCUGCCUCACCUGGCUUUUGGUCAAAAUUAGGUUCUCACCAAUUUCCUGAGCUAUAUAUAUGGAUAGUAGAUUCCAGUUUUUUGGCCGAGCGUGUACACUGUACAAUGCAUAGGUAGAAAAUGAGAGGAUGGAGUCAAGAUUCCAGUAAUCAGGUUUCCAGAAGUAAAGGAUAUCUCUUGUUUUGCUGGGUUUGAUUUUGUUACUCGAUUAGAAAUGCUAAAUUUCCGUGUUGCCUGUGAAUAACCAGAAAUGAGGAAGAUGCAGGGUUGCUGUUUUGAAUCUUUGGGAAAUGUACUCUGCUGGGUAGCUAAUUACUGUUUUAUAGCUCAAUUUAAGGGUUGCUGCAGAAAAGAGUGAUUUGCACCUGGCUCUUGUUGCCAAUAUUCAUCAAAUGAUGCAAUAUCUUAUGAGAAAUGUAAAUGUUCUCGUCUAUUGCUGAUUGUAAUCAAGCAAUUUUUAUGUUACCGAGUUUUCUUACCUCUGUAACCAUGGAUUACAAGUUGAACUUUCCCUGCAAUAAAUCGAUCAGUCUAAUUUGA